AUGGAGGCGAGCCGGCAGUACAUGAUCCGCUUCGACGGCCACUUCGAGGAGGGCCCGAGCUCCGCGGCCGCCGAGCCACCGCAGCCGUUCGCCGGCAGGGCUUUCUCGCCGGAGCAGGAGCAGAGCGUCAUGGUCGCCGCGCUGCUGCACGUCGUCUCCGGGUACGCCACGCCGGCGCCGGACCUCUUCUUCCCGGCGGGCAAGGAGGCGUGCACGGCGUGCGGGGUGGACGGGUGCCUCGGCUGCGAGUUCUUCGGCGCCGAGGCCGGGCGCGCGGUCGCGGCAUCGGACGCGCCGAGAGCGGCGACCGCUGGCGGGCCGCAGAGGAGGCGGAGGAACAAGAAGAGCCAGUACCGCGGCGUCAGGCAGCGGCCGUGGGGCAAGUGGGCGGCGGAGAUCCGCGACCCGCGCCGCGCCGUGCGGGUGUGGCUCGGGACCUUCGACACCGCCGAGGACGCCGCCAGGGCCUACGACCGCGCCGCCGUCGAGUUCCGCGGCCCGCGCGCCAAGCUCAACUUCUCCUUCCCCGAGCAGCAUCUCCGCGACGACAGCGGCAAUGCCGCGGCCAAGUCAGACGCGUGCUCUCCGUCGCCUUCGCCCCGCAGCGCGGAGGAGGAGGAAACAGGGGACCUGCUCUGGGACGGCCUGGUGGACUUGAUGAAGCUGGACGAGAGCGACCUCUGCUUACUGCUCCCGGUCGACAACACUUUGGAUAAAUUUCACGCACCGGGACAGAGACGAUCGGGAUCAGGGGUGCCCCUCUGCUACUAG